AUGGGACUCGCAAAUAAGAUCCAGUCAGCAGGCGGCGCCGCACCACCAGCACCAGGUGGGUUUGGCGGUCAGGCACCUCCUCCUCAAGCAGGUGGUCGCCCACCGUACCCAGUCGCUGGCGGUCAACCUCCCCAGCAGGCACAGGGAUACCCACCUCAGGCAAACCAGGCGAAUAGGCCUCAAGGUUAUGCUGCAAACCAACCCUCGGCGAAUCCUUUCGCCGCAGGUGACCGACAGCAGCCACAGCAGCAGGGCCAGUAUGGUCAACCUCCUCAGCAGGGACAGUAUGGUCAACCGCCUCAGCAGCAGGGUCAGUAUGGCCAACAACCUCCUCAUGGACAACCUCAACAAGGUCAAUAUGGCCAGCCGCAGCAACAGCAACAGCAGCAUGGUCAGUAUGGACAGCAGCCACCACAGCAACAAGGUCAAUAUGGCCAGCAACCAGGUGGCUAUGGUCAACAGCCUCCUCAACAAUCCUUUGGUGCACCAGCAGGUGCUCCACCAGGUGGUGGUGCAGGCGGCUCCAUGAUUCGUGAAAACUUGCAACGCAUCAUUCGUGAGAACCAGCUUGAAUCAUUCUACCAGGGUCCCCGCUUUGAACAAGUUGUUCAGCGUGUUGAGCGCAUUGACUUCCGCAAGUUGGGCGCAGAGUGGGAGAUUCCACAUGAAAUUGCUACGGAUCUCGCUGCACUUGCGUUGUAUGACAUUGUCCUCUACUGCGAUGAUUCCGGAUCCAUGCGCGCUGAAGAGAAUGGCGAGCGUAUCGAUGAUCUCAAGCUCAUCUUGGAACGCGCAGCAGGUGUCUCGACCCUGUUCGAUGACGAUGGCAUUUCUGUUCGUUUCAUGAACUCUCAGUGCGAAGGUAAUGGUAUCCGCAGUGCUCAGGAAGCACAGCAGUUAUUGCAGCAAGUGCGAUUCAGUGGUAUCACGCCACUGGCUACAUCGUUGGACCGUAAGGUGUUGCAGCCUAUGGUCAUCGGUCCUGCACGUAACCGUCAGUUGCAGAAGCCUGUACUUGUAUUGGUCAUCACGGAUGGUGAGCCUGUGGGUGAGCCCAAGGAUCUCAUUCGUCAAGUGAUUGUUGGUAGCACCAACCAAGCUGCUCAGAUGGGCCUCCCUGGUGCUGUACGAUUCCAAUUUUGUCAAGUGGGUAAGGACAUGAAGGCACAGCGCUUCUUGGGAGAGUUGGACUCAGACCCUGUUGUGGGUAGCAAGAUCGAUGCAAUCAGCUACUUUGAGAUGGAGCAAGAAGAGAUGGCGCGCAAGGGCGUCAAUUUGACGGUUGGCUUGUAUCUUGUCAAGCUGCUUGUUGGUGCUAUUGACAAGUCGUAUGAUGAGCAGGAUGAAGCUUGA